AAAGAGUCUGAAUCAGAAAAAUAAAAAUUGAAUACAGUGACUGUGAGAGGUAGGUGAGAAGUGCCAUAAAGAGAGGCUUUAAAAACGCCAGAGAAAUUUCGUCUUCUAUCCAUCCUUUUAUGUGGAUAUAGCGGUGAGUGUCACAACCUACCAAGAAACGAACAAAUGGCUGGAGCUGGAGCACCCAAUUUAAACGACAGUGGCCAUAAGUUAAAUGGCAAAGUUGCCAUAAUCACCGGCGGUGCCAGCGGCAUCGGCGAAGAGACGGCGCGUCUGUUUGCCGAUGAAGGCUCACGAAUGGUGGUAAUCGCAGACAUCCAAGAUGAUCUCGGCAACCAUGUAGCAGCAUCCAUUGGCUCUCACAGAUGCACCUAUGUCCACUGUGACGUGGCAGACGAGGAUCAGGUUCAACACUUGGUGGAAUCCACCGUCAACGCACACGGCCACCUUGACAUCAUGUUCAGCAACGCCGGCAUCCUUAGCCCCUCCAACCAGACCGUACUGGACCUCGACUUCUCCGAGUACGACCGCCUUAUGGCGGUGAACACGCGGGGCAUGGCGGCGUGCGUGAAGCACGCGGCGCGUGCGAUGGUGAAGGGGCGCGUGAGAGGGAGCAUCGUGUGCGCGGCAAGCGUGGCGGCGUCACGAGGGGCUCCGACGAAGACGGAUUACGCGAUGUCGAAGCACGCGGUGCUGGGGCUGGUGCGAAGUGCGAGCGUGCAGCUUGGGAAGCAUGGUAUUAGGGUGAACUGCGUCUCACCGAGUGGGCUGGUCACGCCGUUGACACGUGCGGCGUAUGGCACGACGAUGCAAGCGGAGGAGUUGCAGGAACGUUAUGAUCGGAGCGCCAGGUUGAAGGGCGUUAGUUUGACCGCCAAGCACGUUGCCGAUGCGGUGCUAUUUCUCGCUUCCGGUGACUCUGAGUUUGUUACCGGACAUGAUCUUGCAGUUGACGGUGGUUUUACUUUUACCCCUGUCCCUGUGUGAAGCAUCAUUCGUGGUUGAAAUUAGUUUGCAUUUACAUCAUAGAUUCAUAGUCAACAAUGUACUUGAUUCAAUAUACACGUGUUUUUAAUCUUCACAAAAACAUAAUUGAUUUUGGGUUUAUGUUUUUGGAUUUAUCUACGGCAAGUUGUGUAAAGUUUUUUUUUUUGCCUAGGAAAACAGUUGU